GCUCCUGACUAGCAAACUCAACCAUCAUCCCCUACAGAGAAUCCUGUGCAUGUUUAAUCAGAUGCCCCACCAUUUCCAAUGGACUUAUGCAACUUUAACAUUGCAAAAAAAGAAGUGUUUGGAUUAAUUUGUCUCUUAACGGCAUGUUUACCCGUUUUGCUCAGAGGCCUGGCCCUUUGUACCGACAGCAACCAUCCAAAAUGCCGAAGGGAGGAAAGAAAAAAACCCGGAGUUCUGAGCUUCUGCCCAUUAGCAAAUACCGAAGGAAAUUAGUGGAGGCCAUUCAAGGCAACACGUUUGUGGUGGUGACUGGAGAGACAGGAAGUGGAAAAACCACCCAACUUCCCAAAUACUUAUUUGAAGAAGGAUUUGCCAGGCAUGGCACAAUUGCUGUGACACAGCCACGGCGCAUGGCUGCUAUAACUGUGGCUGAAAGAGUGGCAGAGGAACUAGGCUGCCCAUUGGGAAGCACUGUGGGCUACCAAGUUCGCUUUGAGGAAUGCAUCUCAGGGGAAACUGCGAUCAAGUAUCUGACAGACGGCUGCCUGUUAAGGCAGAUCUUGGCAGACCCGCAUCUGACCCAGUAUAGCGUCGUUGUUCUGGAUGAAGCUCACGAGCGGAGUCUCUGCACGGAUAUCCUCUUUGGCCUGUUGAAGCAACUGCUCCACCAGGAAAAAGAUAUCAAAAGGAAGGAACCCCUGAAGGUUGUGGUGAUGUCGGCCACCCUGGACGUGGAGAAGUUCUCAGCGUUCUUUGGAUGUUGCUCGGUGGUGGAGAUUCCAGGAAGGGAGUAUCUGGUGGAGCAGAUCUUCUGUGACGGCCUGGGCCCCAGGGAUGUCAACAGCUCUGCAUACAUCACCGAGACUGUCAAAGUGACCUUGGAUGUCCAUUUGAAUGGCUCAGCUGGAGACAUCCUGGUUUUUCUAACAGGGCAGUCGGAGAUCGAAAGAGCUCGUGAACUUCUCUUCCGGAAGGCUGAGAUGAUCGAUUACCGCUUUGACGUAAGAGAUCGUUCCGUGGAAGGCCUGCUCAUAUUGCCGUUGUAUGGCUGCAUGCCAACAGAUCAGCAGAGAAGGAUAUUCCUCCCGCCGCCUCCAGGGAUCAGGAAAUGCGUCGUGUCCACAAAUAUCGCAGCAACGUCUUUGACCAUUGAUGGGAUCAAGUAUGUGGUCGACAGUGGGUUUGUGAAGCAGUUAAACCACAACCCAAGAGUUGGCUUGGACGUGUUGGAGGUGGUGCCAAUUUCGAAGAGCGAAGCGCUGCAACGCGCCGGACGAGCCGGUAGAACGGCAUCUGGGAAAUGCUUCCGGGUAUAUAACAAGGAAUUCUGGGAGCAGUGCAUGCCGGACCACAUGGUCCCAGAGAUCGAGCGGACCAGCUUGACAUCUGUGAUGCUGACUUUGAAGUGCUUAGCAAUCCACAACGUCAUCAGGUUUCCAUAUUUGGACCAUCCGGAAGAGAAGCGCAUUCUAGCUGCCCUUAAGCAGCUUUAUCAAUGUGGGGCAAUUGACAGGAAAGGUCACGUGACCAGACUGGGCCAAUUCAUGGUUUGGCUUCCUCUCCCUCCUCACUUGUCGUGCGCCGUCCUCAAGGCUGCCUUUCUUGGCUGUGAUGACUUGCUGCUCCCGAUUGCAGCCAUGUUGUCUGUGGAGAAGGUCUUCAUUCAUCCAGGGGACCCACAGAAGCAAAAGGGGGCUGAGCUUCGGCACCAGAACCUCGCUUUACAAAUGGGAGGAUGCAGUGACUUUACCACUCUCCUGAGCAUCUUCGAGCAGUGCAGAGCAAGCACAUCUCCCUCUGUUUGGUGUCAGGAAAAUUGGGUCCACUGGAGAGCUGUGAAACUGGCAUUCAGUGUAGAAAGACAGCUUCGUGAAAUCAUCAACAGGCUGAAGCAGCUGCCAGACUUUCUAAAAGAGGAUUUUGACGGUUCCAGAAAUGAGAUCCUAAGAAGGUGUCUCUGCGCAGGUUAUUUUGCCAAUGUGGCCAGGAGGUCUGCAGGGAAGUCUUUUCGCACCAUGGAUGGCCACGGCAGCAUAGCCUAUAUUCAUCCUUCAUCUGCUCUCCAUGAUCAGGAAGACCAGCUGGAUUGGAUCCUCUUCCAUGAUGUUGUGGUGACCUCCAAGAUUUACUUGAGGACGGUGUGUCCAAUUCGUUACGCGUGGGUGCAGGAUCUGCUUCCUCGCCUCCACCAGAUUGAUGCUUACGAGCUGAGCAGCAUGGCCCGGGAGAACGUGACAGAGGAGGAAAUGGCGAAAUGGAGGACCAGGGAAGACCUCGGAAGACAGAACGAAAAGGCGCCAGGCGAGCCUGCAAAUAAAAUGGAGAAACGGAACGAUGAACAGUCGAUCCGAGAUGCUCGCGCACGGUACCUGGAGAGGAAGCAGGAGAGAAUGCAGGGAUCCACUCCCUCGUCCAAGGACUCUGGCUAACCCAGUCACUGUGGCCCAGUGAUUCCCAUAAAUGCCGGUCCUACUGGGAUCAUUUGCAUUUUUGGAUCAGAGACUACACUGCUGGUACUAGCUGGGAAGAAAAGUAGAAAACUGGGACCCAGGAAAUCUGAAAAAGUCACAUUAAUUCCUGCAGGGGCGGAGUUACAAUCCGGUAUAUGAGGACCGUCAGCAAGAUGAAGCAGCAUCGAGGAUUGUAGCUACCAGUUGGAGAGAAUUUUUGUUUUCUGGCUGAGGCCGUCUUCCCUUGCGGGACACAUUUUAGGGAUCAGUAUUACAUCGACAGAUCCAAACCAACAGGCUGUUUUGUUUGCAUUGGCUCUAAACUUCAGCAUUUCUAAAGUCCUGUCUACACUAUAGGCCCAAAUUAGUUUACCUUCCCCUAUCUUUGAUGUACCUCUCAUUGUACCCCAGGAAUUAUAGUAACAGGAAAAUUCAUUGGAGGUAACCAGGACAGUUAAAAAGCCAGUCUGCAGUUGUACUGAAAUCAAUAGCAACAUUGAUGAGGAUUUUUGAUGGCUGAACAACAGUGCACCAUUGGUAAUAAAUCCUGAUUCUUUCUCUUUCCCAAGGUGGGGGAAAAAAUCCUGAAAUGAAUAUGUUUAGCUAUUUGUAGAUCUUAUUUAUUGUUUUAAUGUCCAGCCGUUGAUGUUUUUCCUGGCUGGUGCAAUUUGAACUUGGCGUAUCACGUCAGAAUUGUUCGGGUAAGUAAAAUUUUUGUGCAGGACGGUAAUGAGCUUUUAUGUUUGGUUUGCUAUUUCAUAUCACCGAGCUGCAUUGUGGGCACGUAAUAUAUUCUGCAGCAGCUGCCGUUGGUUUGUAAAAUAUGGAAAUAAAUUUUGUACACUUGCUAUAAA